GGGUCACCGAUAGCUUACUGAAGAACUCACUCACUACUGUUAAAUACUAUUGGGUCGAUAAUGUUUAUGGCAGGUACAGGUUUUGGGGGUCGAGGGUGUAACCAAGGACCAAGUUCAGGAUCUGGCUCUGCGGGAUGUAAUCCACGCAAGUUCAGCGAGAAAAUUGCCCUUCAUACUCAGCGCCAGGCUGAAGACACCGCCGCCUUCCAAGAGGUUAUGAUGGACAUCACUUCCACCAAGCUACAGGUCCAGAGAGCUCGUCAGACCAGAAAUCUGACGCCAUAUUAUGGUGGUUCCUUGCCCAAUGUUAACCAGAUUGUAAGAGCUACAUGUGAUUCUCAGGGUCAGGUGUCAUACAACCCUGAGCACAGUUGUGUACCUCGCCGUCACCUGAUGUCAGAUCAGUCCCAUAGAGAGUCACCAGGCCGACCCAACAGAAGACAUACUGAUAGUGCACCUUACCACUCGGUCCACCAGUCUCCUCCUCCUGGCUCCUACUGGAGAAGGAACUGGCCAAACAGCUGCACCACCGACAAAGGCCAAGAGGUCCGCCUCCCAGCGACAGCUCUGAAUAGGACAAAUUCCGAUUCGGCCCUGCAUACCACUGUACGUAACACACACAUCGGUGACCAGAUGAGCUCGGGCCAGUGUCUCACGCCCCGGAAUAGACGCAGUGCGUUCCCAUAUCCUGUGCCUCUCAUCGAAGAGAAUAUGCCAGAGGAAAACAGGCCUUUCAAAAGUGACUGUAAAAAGUUGUCCGAAGUGCCAUCAGGAAGUGGCAAAGCCUUCAGCCAACAUGCCAUCCCCCCUCCCAGCCAGCAGGGCGGCAGCCUCCUCCCGUUGCCCUCCUCUCUGAACAUGAGUGGUUCUCUGCCGGACCUCUCCAGCCUGCACCUGCCCUCCUCCCAGCCCACCAGGCUGGAGCUGGACUCCCUGGGCCAGGCCUCGUGCUUGACCUCCUCCAGCAGCUCUGACCACCUGCCCGGAGCUCUCGCUCACCCCGGCCUCAAGACGGACGAUGCCUAUCACCUACCUGGUUUAUCACCAAUGCCAGUUUCUCUCAGCAACCCUCUGCUUCAGUCUUCAUUAAGUAGCCCCAACAUCCAGACGUCUCUGAGCAGCAACUCCCUCCCCAACUCCUUGAGCUCUGCCUCCUUACAUCUCUCUCUGAGUAACUCCUCCCUCAAGUCGUCCCUUAGCAACCAAUCCCUGCUGUCCUCUCUCAGCAGCUCCUCCCUCAGCAACCAGUCCCUCCAAUCAGCUGCCAGCCACUGCAGCUACAGCAGCGGCAUUGGUGGAUCACGUUCUUGCUCUUCCUCUUCCCUGUCCUGUUCCUCACGGGCAUCCAACCAAUCGCACCCUCCGGCGUCGUCACGGAAACGGAACCAGCUCAGCCCGCUCAUCUUGCCCAGUGGGGGGGAGUCUCGCUGGCACCACCCGAAGCAGUUCUCCCCGACCGUGUCCCCAACACUGUCCUCCAUCACUCAGGGGGUGCUUCUCAACACCAAUCAGAUGUCACGGGACUCCCGACCUCCUGCGUAUCCCUACAGCCAGCCACAGCCACACGCUGGUCCUCCAUCUUCCCAGCAGCCAUUGCAACACCUGCCAUACGCUCCAACAGAAGGGCAGCUCCACCAUCAGCUGUCCGCUGUAGAGCCACCUAUGCACAGUGCCAACCUCCAGCAGCAGCCACACCAAGCACCCGUGCCAAGCCAACGACUGCAUCAGCAGCCCUUACAGCAUCCAUCGUACCAGCCACCCAUGUACCCAAAGCGCCAGGCUCAGCAGUGUCAACAUGCUCAGCCACCCCAGCCACAGAGCCACCUCCUCAAGCACCUGCAGGCCCCGAGCCCUCCACCCUCGCAGCUCCCACCUUACCUCGGCCAGGACCCAGGCCCAGGCCCCAACCCCCCGCCCAGCCAGCAGCACCUACGCCACCACCCACACCAGCACCAGAACCAGCACCAGCACCAUCAGCAGCUUCCUCAGCAGCAGCCAUAUCACUGUGAGCAGAGCCAGCCGCUCCACCACGUUGGACCUCCACCACAGCAGCCUUACGCCCAGCCGUUUAUCCUCCAGCAGCACCACCACAGCCAGUGGCCACCGCACCAUCUCCAGCCUGACCCUCAUGCUCCACAUGUGCUGCACCACCACCAUCAACAACAACAACAGCAGCAGCAACAACAACAACAACAACAGCAACAGCAGCAGCAGCAGCAGCAGCAACAGCAACAACAACAACAACAGCAACAACAACAACAACAACAGCACCACCAUCAUCCACCUUGGGCUUCUCCAAACCCUGCCAUGCCUGGCCCAAAUCAGGGCCAUCCUUGGCAGAAGGAGACAGACCUCCACGGGCCCCUGCCCAGUGUGGGAACUCUGCCCACUCAGGAGCACAUCCGAGCGGGCACAGCGAUGAGGGUGCAGAGCCAACGGAGAUCCAAGAGCCAGCUGCAGGAGACUGCAGCGGCAGGAAGUGCCCACUCCGGGACCCCCCAGAAGAUGCCCCAGACUCAGCCAACAGGCAUCUCCUCACAGGGGGGUGGGCCCUGUCUGGACACCAGCAUAGGCCUUAAUAAUGAGUCCUACAUGGGUCUGCACCUCACACCCAGCCAGACCAAGGCCCUCUCCCAGCAGUUGGGUCAACUUUGCAAAGAGCCUGGGUCCAGUGCUGUCACAGAGGUGGGGAUGCAGACUGCUGCCACAGAGAAAGAAGUCUCUCCUUUCCAGGGCCUUGAUCCUGGGCUGGAGCAGAAACACAACACAGGAUUGUGCCAUAGCUUCUCUGAUACCAUGCUAACAGAUGCAGCAUCCUGGCUGGACCAGGAGAUUGCUGGUUUCCCUGGCAACAUGCUGGAGCUGGACGAAGAGGCCUUGGAGCUGAGCAUCUUGAGGGAUGAGUUCACCAGCGAGUCUGCCGCGGAGGGGGCAUUCUACAACCCCAUCAACUGACCCGGGCAUGAGCACGCCGCUGAAGGUCAGCUGGAGGUCAUCUCCCUACAGGUUUAGAGCCCCUCUCUAUCUAUGGAAGGUAUGACGCCAUGAAUGUGAUGAUCACAGUGUAAUUAUGUCAACUAAGAAUUAUCCAUAUGAUAUGCAGUGAUCUCCAGAUCACCAUUUUUAGACUGGAGUAUGUAUGUAGAGUAUUGACAUGAAGAUGUUUCUGAUGCACAGAUAUGGGGACAGAGCUAAAUCUGUAAAUCUCCAAGUAUCAAGUAUGCCAUAUCUACCAAUCCUCCUAAUUGUGACCCUGCCAGGCUAAACCAGUCGCUUUACGCCCUAUGCUGUAUUGAGAAAAUCCACAAUAAACAAACGUUCAGGCUAAAAUGUUGAAUUUCAAGUUUUCACCUUAUUCGACAGUAUACAGUCUACAAUUUCAUGUGUUGAACAACUUUCAUGGAAAAACAUAUACGCUUUGACUCUUAAAUCCGGUGAAGUAUCGACACAUUAGCAGACCAUUGUCCACGCCACUUAAAAAGGCGAUUUUCUCCUCUUCUAUAGCAUGUCAUGACAGGAGACCCAUGUCAACUUCGAAUGCGGUUAUCUUAGCGACCGUUUGUCCAAUACCCUUGAUAAACAUAUCGUUGGAAAGCUUAGUUUAUGGCUGUUCAUUUGAGCACAAUAAAUUAAUUUUGUACAUUUUACCAAAGCAACUGGUUUCGCCUGGCAGGGUCACAAUUCAGAAAGUAAACGUGUGGUUAAAGAGAGAAUUGCCUAUUUAUUAGGCAUUGUAUUCUAUUAUAUUGUCCUGAAUUAUUGUGUGGAAUUCUCCUUAGACAUUGUAUAAGACAUGUCAACAUUUAUGUUGUGAGGUCAUUAAAAUAGAAAGAAUUUCUUGAAAACAUAUCUAUUUCUCUUGCAAAAAAAAAAAGAAAAAAAAUCUAGAAAAGGAAAUGUUCUCAAAAGGUCAUGGUCAACCCUUUAAUAAGCUGUCACUCGACAACUGUAUUUUGUAUGUGCCAGCCUGAUCAAUCCUUUCAAUCUAAUGAUUUUUUUUAAAUGAAACUGUUUGCUUUAAGCUUUUGUGUAUAUGAUGCUAAUAUUAUGACUGUAUUGUCAUGCUUAUUUAUUCUAUAUUUUCAAAUAUAUGUUUUAUAUUUUAAAAGCCACUUCUCUCGCUGGUAGAGAUGAUGAAUGCAUUUUUGUGCUUAGAUAGCUUUCUUGCCCCCAAAAAACAAGAUAAACAGUGUUUUCUGUCGCAAACAAGUAAUACUUGAGUAAAACAAACAAAAGCAUUGUUUAUUAUUCAUUACUGCCUUGACAUUUUGCAAUAGUAAAUGUUUUCUUAUGUGAA